GCGGGCGAGGGACGCAUGCGCACGCCGCCCCUCUCUCUCCCUCGCUCUCUCCCGGCGCCCCCUCGCCCGAGGUCGGUGACCUGGCUGGGGCCGAGGCGUGGCUCGGGUCCCGGCGUCGCGCAAUGGCUGGCGCCCGCAGCGGCCGCGGGCUGGCAGGCGGAACGGGCGGCCGCUGCCCUUGUUUCCUCCUUCGCCCGGGCAGGGCUGGGGGACGGACCGGUGCUUAGAAAAAGCCUUCAAAGGGGGUUUGCGCUUUCAACAGGGUCCUUUUUGGUUUAUGAAGCUCACAAGCUGAUUUCUGGCUUUGCUGAGGUUCAUGCAAGCUUCAAAGUGGAAGAAGUUAUAGAGCAAGCAGACUACCUGUAUGGGAGCGGAGAAACAGAAAAGCUAUAUCGGUUGUUGGUUCAACAUAAAAACAGUGAUGAUGCAGAGUUGUUAUGGCGGCUGGCGCGGGCAUCACGAGAUCUAGCUCAGCUUAGUAGUACUUCUGCAGAGGAGAAAAGACAACUGGCGUAUGAAGCCCUUGAGUAUGCAAAAAAGGCACUUGAAAAAAAUGAAUCAAAUUUUGCAGCACACAAGUGGUAUGCAAUUUGCCUUAGUGAUGUUGGAGAUUUUGAAGGAAUCAAGACUAAAAUUGGAAAUGCCAUUGUUAUCAAAGAGCACUUCCAGAGAGCCAUUGAACUGAAUCCAAAAGAUGCUACAACAAUUCAUCUUAUAGGCAUUUGGUGUUACUCCUUUGCUGAAAUGCCAUGGUACCAAAGAAAAAUAGCUGCUGCACUAUUUGCCACACCACCAACCUCCACAUUUCAAGAGGCUCUUCAUUACUUCCACAUGGCAGAGGAAGCUGACCCAAAUUUCUAUAGCAAAAAUUUGCUCUUUUUGGGAAAGACAUACUUGAAGUUAAACAAUAAAAAGAUGGCUCUUCUGUGGUUAAGCAAGGCGAAGGAGUAUCCUGCACAUACAGAAGAGGACAAACAGGUACAGAAAGAAGCUUUGGAGUUGCUUAAUUCUAUAUAACAAGAAACAAGAUAAUGGGAAUUCAGUGCCUCAGGUUUCAGCAGCAUAGGAAAAAGACCCCAAAUACUACUUUGGUUUAUUGAAGCUGUUAAUAAAAGUAUAGCUUAAA